AUGGUGGAAAAGUCUGAGCAAGACAUCUUGCGGGGCGCUCGCCGAUUAUUUGCUUCGGCGGUGAAAAAGCAUACAGGAAAACUGAAAAGGAAGCGCAUGGAUGCUGGAGUGCCUAGAAAGAAACAAGCGGGUUCUGAAGCUACUUUUUUGCGCAAGAAACGCAAAGCUGUUACCGAAGCCAUCCGCGCUCUUCCUGCAUCCUCAACAAGGUCGGCUGCCUCGGACGACCGUCGGCCGAUGUCGACCAAAGCUACAAAAGAGUUAGCCAUGCCAAAGAAGAGGCGCUUGGAUCGUGCCGUGGCUGCUUCACGGGAAGGGCGUUUGUUGUCAGAUGACGAAGGUCGUGAACCAUUUACCCAGGCUGCUGCCCAAAAGAAAAAGCAUGCUCAGCAAGACGCAAAACGCAUCGCCGCUUUAGCGGCCCGACAACAAGAUUGCCAUCGCGUUUGCGCACCGCGCGAUUGGAAUUGGAAGUCAUUGGGAGCUCGGAAAACGUGGUCUUCUUGCCCAGUCCCUACCGACAGUCAGAAGAAAAGAUUGAAAUCUGAGGAUCCUCGUAUCGCAACAGUGUUUCUUUCUUCCUCCGACAUCGUGUCGGACAAAGUGUAUUUGCUGGCCAUCGCGCAGGGCGGCUGUGUGCUGUCGAAAUCAGUUCUUGAAGGCAAAGGAGGUGUCAAGUUGGAAUACCAAUUUGAAGAGUUCCGCAGGCUUGGUCAAAUGCAUGUGGGGGUGCACUGCUCCGAAGCUUUUCGCGAUCUACAUCCUGCGUUUCUCAAAGUCUUGGCAUGGGCUCUGGAAAGAGGUGGGUGGCGCAAGUUGAAGGCGACCAGCCUGGAUAAACAGAGAUCCAUUACACUCCUGGCCGAGCGAGAUCCUCAAGCAAAGAAAUUGAUAGCAAAGUCUUUGCGCACGUUUGGAAAAGACACUUUUGCGCAGUACUUGACUGAAAAGUGCCAAGUGAAGGAGAAAUCCUAUUUCGUAGCAAAACUUCGGGGUUAG